CUUCAUACACACACCUUGCGCAAACCACGACCACGACCACCACUACAACCACAACCACAACCACAACCCACCUAAACUCCGACACAAUCCAAAAUGGGAGGCGAUCUCAAUCUCAAAAAGUCCUGGCACCCCCAGCUGCUCAAGAACCAAAAGCGCGUGUGGGAGGAAGAAAAGCGCGCGCUCGACGAGCGCAAACGGACGGAGCAAUGGAAGAAGGAGCGGGAAGAGGAGCGGCAGCUGCAGGAGCUACGGAAGAUCCAGGAGGCAGCGGGCGGCAAGAAAGUUCUCGACCGCGUCGACUUCCUGUACAGCGGGCCGGCGCAAGGGAUGGAUCGGACGAGCGAGGAGAUGGAGGCGCUGUUGCUUGGCAGGAGGAGGAUCGAUGGCUUGCUCACCGGAAAGGAUAACGAUAUCCUCAAGAAAGAUGCUGGUACGGAGGGGUUUUUGAAGGCGCCCACCGGCGUGGCAAAUCAGAGGGAUAUCGUGGCGAAGGUGCGCGACGACCCGCUGCUGGCUAUCAAGAGGAGGGAACAGGAGGCGUUGGAGGCGUACAUGAAGGAUCCGACGAAGAGGCGGAAGCUACAGGAGGCGAGGGGCGUCGAUGACAAGAAGGAGAAGAAGGAACGGAGACAUCGACACAGGCAUGACGGCGACGAGAAGGACAGACAUCACCGCAAGAGGUCACGAUCACACUCAAGGAGGAGACAUAGGUCGAGGAGCCCCCGGCGGGAUAAAGGCAGAGAUGAUAAGGAGUAUCGUCGCCGGUCGAGGGAACGAACGAAGAGAGCUGAUUCUCGGGAACGAACCAAGAGAGCUGAUUCGCGCGAGCGGUCCAGGAGGUCUGAUUCGCGCGAGCGGUCAAGGAAAUCUGAUUCUCGCGAGAGACGACACCGAUCGAGAACGCCAGAGAAGCGUGGAGAGUCUCACUCACACCGCCAUGACGACGAGAAGCAGGACCGCACAUCUCCGCACUCUUCACGUCGUCAAAACGAUCGCCGACCUUCGCCCCCUCCGCGGCGCCCCUCGCCUCCGCCCCGUCCCCGCUACAGAUCUCCGCCUCGCCACCACGCCAAGGCCACCUCGAACUCCGUUGCAGACGAGGAAGCAGAGCGUGCUCGGAAGCUGGCAGCGAUGCAGAGCAAUGCCAGUUCCCUUGACGCGGACCGUGCUAAGCGUCUUGCACUGCUGGCGGAGAAGGAGAAGGCGGCUGCGGCUGCUGAGGAGGACGCUAGGAUGCGCAAUAAUAAGUAUGGAGGAAGAGCACAGUUUUUGAAUCAAGCUCAUCGACAGGCUGGUGAGAUGGACUUGGGUGAGAGGGUGGGGAGGUCAAGGCAGGGCCUUAUUGUGGGUAGGGACCAGGACUAAACGUCAUACUCAUUUGAUGGACUGGUAAAACUGAGGCCUCUUUUUGCGUCGAAUUUUCUUAAUAGUGGAAUUCAAAUUGGAGUUUGCGAUUCGCCGGAUGGCGGCUGUUGCGAGUGAUAUGAUAUGAUUAGAACAUGUGCGGUCUUCUGUUUCGUUUUUGUUAGAGCCACAGAGUAAAUUCAAGACUAGUAUCGACACGUAAUAAACAUCUCCUAGAGAACGACCUACAUGUAACCAGC